CUUUCGCACUUCAUUGAAUCAAACUGAUUCCAUCUUCCCCCGCACAAGCUACUCUGCCGCGUUCGAGUUAAAACUAUCCAUCUUUUCUGAUGGUGUUUCCCGUGGGUAUGACGUCACACACCGACCACCACUGGCGUUGCCAUUGGAAACAGUUGCAGAUGGCUUCGCGCCGGAUUCUAUCAGCUGUCUUUCAUUUGCGGCUGUGUAUGUUGUGAAAAGUGAAACGCUUUUCUCUCGUGUCAAAGAACUGAUAAUUGGGAGAGAAAAACCGGCGUGUUUUUAAUUCAAAAAGAAGAUAAACUGUUGAAGGAAUUGGAAAAACGUGGAGGUACAAAACAUCGUCUGCUGUUGAGUGUAAGCAUAUCAAAAGUGAUGCAAUUCUUGUGAAAACAAAUCAACGUGUUUUGUGAAAGCGCUUACAAUGUGUCGUUAUAUAUUUAAAAUCUUUCUUUCGUGAGUGUAGUUUAAUUAUUGUUAUUGAUGAAAACUUUCUAUAAAACGAAUAUAAAGAAUCGUUUGCAUAAAAUUUAACGAAAGCAAAGAGUUUGAAUUAUCGUCUGCAAACCGGUCGUCCUAUAUUUACAAACUUCCUCCUUGCUAAAAUUUUAUUUCCUGUUGCUGAAAACUUUUAUGUUAAGCAAACAAUGAUAAAAGAAGAAUUUUCCAUAUUGUUUGCAUAAAAUAUACCACAGGCAAAAAGUUUAAAUAAUCGUUUGCAAUCGAAAUUACAAUUGUGCCGUUAUUAAUGAAACUUUAUGUAUGUCACUGCAGAAAACUAUGCAAAAUGAAUGAGAAUGUAUGAGGAACAUUUAAAAUUGUUUACAUAAAGUAUACCCCCAGCAAAAUGUUUUAAUAAUCGUCUGCAAUCGAAAUGGUUAUAUCGACUUUUGUUUGGAAGUUUUAAUUCUAGCAAUUCUUAAACAAUAUUUCUUAGUGAAUAAAUGCCAAUCAUUAAAAAAAGUUUGUUGUGGGAGUGAUUUUGUAAUCGUACGCAGAAAUCAGAGAACCAUCUUGGAAUUAAAACGAUAAUUACUAUUCGUGUGAUGAUAUAAAAGUUACAUGAAUUUUUAGAGGUGCUCUCCAAUAGAUCUUUUCGAUCUUCAAAAAUGUCGCAACUUUUCGGAUCGAUGCGAAAAAGUCGAUCUGCUUCUUCCUCUACGUGUUCGUCACCGUCCCCUGCUCGUCUGAGUGAAGGUAAAGGGGAAUUAAAUAUCUACUUUAUGAAGCAAUUAGCAAAAGAAGCAAAGGAAUAUGACUUGGAACAAAAAAUUGACCUUGAAAUCAAAAUGCAGGAAGGUACAAAUAAACUACUUGCUGCCUGCCGUUACCAACUUCAGUCAUUGGAGGCAAUAAAAUCUCUUCUUACAUCCAACGAAAGGAUAAAUUCCUAUAUGUUUGAGCUACAGAGACGGAAAUCUCUUAAACAGAAUAGCAAAUUGUCUCAAAUAAGAGCUCUCCCUUGUCGUGGAAAAGUUGCUAUAUCUGACAUACGGAUGCCUCUUAUUUGGAAAGACAGCGAUCACUUCAAAAACCGAGGUGAUUAUCGUCGCUUUGCUGUCUUCUGCUUGCUAAAAGUAGGAACUGAGGUUCAAGACACGGCUAUGAUCAAUAAUGUCGACAGAAGUAUGACUGACAUUGCUUUCGAAGAUGUAAUACUUUUCAAUAAUGUAUCUCAUGAUUUUGAGUUCCGAUUGGAAGUCUAUAGUCACGUGUUACAGGAGGAUUUAAGUAUUGCCAGCGCUUCAAAUAAAUUAAAGAAGAAAAUAUCAUAUUCUGUUAGCAGAGCUAUUGGCAAAAGAUUUUCAGAAAAUUAUAAAGAAGAUCUGAAUUUCAAAACUGGCUUUUCAGAGUUUGACCUCGUUGCCAGUGCCAAACUAAAUUUGAAUGAUGCCAACUCACGAAUUAAAACCUAUGAUUUAAACCUGGAAACACCAGAAAAGAGUCAACUUCCCCUUUUCGGACACUUCUGUUGUCGUCUUGCAGUUCAACCUACUUGCAUGAUAGACGAGACAUACUCAGGCUACUUGAGUCUAGUCAAUCAAAUUGGUAACAUAACUGGUUGUAGAAGAAUGUUAGCUUCACUAAAAAAUUUCUCUCUGUCUAUGUGGGCCAACUUCGCUGAAGUUCAUAGUUCAAAUCCAGAUAUUGUCAUACCAGUUAAAACGGGGACGAUAGUGACUCCAAGUUCCAAAGCCAUAUCGUAUCCUAGGUUUAGUUUUAAAAUUGAGUAUAGCAUAGAUGAUGAAAAUAAGGAGUUUCUAUUGGCUGCUGACUCUCCUAUCCAACUUAAUGAAUGGCUGAACCAUAUUAACCAGCAAAUAAAAGAUUAUGAUUUGUGGAAGCCAGCUUCAGAAUCAAUCAUGGAAAUAUCUUCCCCCUGUGUUUGUAGAAAUUCUCAAUUCACAAAGCACCGAAACAGCUCAUUAUACGACGAAACUCCAUUCAUUGAUGAAUCCGAAUGUUCCAGUGGUAGUUACGGUAGCGCCUCUUCUGUAUUCCAAAAGAAUAAUCACCGUGUGUCCACUCCACCAUUUUGCUCAUUAUCAUCCAGUAGCUCUUCAACCAACAGCUCGUUAGAAUACCAGCAGCAUCCACUCUCGAAAUCUUUGUACAGAAGAUCAGUCAGUGCUUAUUUUCCGUCAUUUUUCCACUCAUGAACGAAACUUUUAGCUCUCAUUGAGGAUAAACCUAGUCACAUUUAUAAAGAAACUUCCUUGUAAUUUAAAGAAAUUUUUUUUCUUUCUUUUUCUUGUAAUAUAUUGGUUAUUAUUUUAAGAUUGUUAUAAAUUCAGGAACUUGUGUAGAAUUUCGACGACCAUGCAACCAAAAAAUGGCGUAAACCAACACGAAUUUUCUCCAUCUAUGGGGAACUAUAUGUACGUGGUCAUUUCGAUAAACCAUUUAAUAGCUUGAUUGCUAAACAAUGAUAAACCAUUUGAUUUAUAAGCAAUUUGAUUAAUAUAGCAAUUUGAUAAUCGCUUGAUUGCUAAACCAUUUAAUUGAAAAAUCAAAUUUGCUCCAUCAGUGGUGAACUAUAGACAAAGAACGUGGUCAUUUCGAUAAACCAUUUGAAUAGCUCGAUUGCUAAACAAUGAUAAACCAUUUGAUUUAUAAACAAUUGAUUAAUAAAUCGUUUGAUUUAUAAACCGUUUGAUUGAAAAACCAUUUGAUUGAUAAACCAUGAAAUAGCUUUUUUGUAGCUGUUAAAAUAUGAUGAAUUUAAAGUACUUUUAUAUUAAGUUAUUUCGGUGAAUAAAUUAUGCCACAAUUUUUUUUAAUCAUACAUCCUAAGAUAUAAAUUUCAAUUAAAAAAAAUAAUAACUUUCUGUUUUAAUUCCCAUUUGGGCUGAUUAAAGUAGAAAACGAUUUGGUAUCAGUUUGGCGGAAUUGGCGCCAGCUUUCUUGGUGGACGGAAUUUUACUCAAGUGCUUUAAUUCAAUAAAAAUCUGUAUAUAAGAUGUAUUUAUAAGAUUAUAUGUUGAACAUUGAGAGAAUCUGUCAUCAGACCUUGUUUUGAACUUUAUUUUUGUAGAAUGUUAUGGGUCAAGCCCUUCAACUUUAAAUUAUUGUUUCACACGUUACCUGCUACCCAUGCCUGGAAAGAAAGGAAUCUAAGAAACAAUGUUAUGUGAUUCAUUUUCGCUUUGAUAUUUAUAAUUAUGUUUUACGAAUCCAUUUUAUCUAUCAGAAAGGCUAUUAUAAUCACAAAACUAAUUUAAAAAAUUCAAAUUUAAUUAAUUUAGAUAUAAAGAGUAGGAGUCAACGUCCUUGAAUUAAAAGUGGAUGAGGGAGAACAGACCAGAUAUUUUAAAUCUGUUACUCAAACAAUCUCGCUCAGUUACAGGAAGACGAAAAAGUUGGUUUUAAUUAAAAACAUGUGUACCUUUGUUUUAGUUGAUGGCAAAGGAAAAAAAAAGGUGCGUAGUUUCCACAAAAGGAGGAAUCGCGUUAGCAGAUAUCUGGAAGUACCAAAUAUUAAGAGUAGAAGGCUUCGCAUGACUUUAAGUUCUUAGGGAUGAUUCUAAAGUUCGUCCUAUUAGUCAAAUGGUGAAAACUCCAAGUGUACGAAAAAAGGCAAAUAUAUUUCUCUUGAUUACCCAUUUAUUUGCGCUGAGAUGGUUAUGGUUACCAUAUAGAUUUCUUUUACAAAUAUAGGAAAGGAAUAUAUAUCCAGCCAUUGGCUCAUAAGGUGUCCACACGUGGUCAAGUCCAGGCUUAAAUCACAUCUCCAUUCCAUUCCCAUCCUCGUGCUCUGACUAAAGCAUACUUAAGUACAUACUCUACGAGAUAUGAAUUAUCAAAAGAACCACCGCAAAAAUGCGAGAGAAAAAGGAAAUUCAAAUAGUUAUCAGUUCUUGGCCUCUUGUAAAAAUGGGAGCGUCCAACUGGGGCUCGAACGCGAUAAAGCUAGUGGCUUGAAGUUGGUGCUAGGGGCACCUGAGGGAAAUUUAAUAAAAUAAAACAAUAUCCGAAAGAUUUUGAACUGAAUAGAGAUACUGCAAGAAGAUAGCGCAUAAAUAUUGUAAAGUAGAAUUAUUAGAGCUUUAAUGUAAUCUGAAUUUUAACCAACUAAGCCUAUUUUUUUCUUUCAUUUUUACUUUUACCUCAGCUGUUAGAAAGUUAAUCUGAUCUUUGAAUAUUAAACAUUCGGGCCAGUAUUACUACUAAGUAACUUAAUUUUCAAACAGUUUAUUUAACACAGCCUGUUCUUUUUCGGGUUUUAUCUUAUUAAACAUCACAUCCAAUUUAAUUGCUCAUUCUGAGAAUUUGUUGAAAAGUAAUAAAAUUGCACCUAUGUGUAUAUUUUAUCAAUUGCACAAAUCUUAUGCAAUUUUAAAUUUUCGGAAAAUCUUGCGGUUGAAAAUAAUUUGUGUUUUAUUCCGCCUUUUUUGGAAAAUUCUGAGGAAAAUAAAUUGAAAAUAUUUACAAAAACAUUUUGUUUUGUUACUGUAAGUUAUUAUAUAUAUUAGCCUUGUUUAAUAUGUCUGUAAAUAGUCCAAACGGUCCUUAAAAAUGUAAAAAAUGGUUGUAACAUUUAUGCAAUGGAGCGUAACACGUUAUUCUGGUCAAAAUUUGGAAAAUUAAUCGCCUGUUAAAAAAAUCGAUACAGUCGAAAUAAAAGGAAAAAAAACUUAUUCUAAAACUUGAAAAUUGUAUACUAGCUUUAGUGCAGAUUUUCUAUCACUAUUUCAUUUUUAAGGACCAUGGAAACUCUGAUGCAUGUCGCUCUUUAUUCCAUAAUUGUGUAUAAAAUAAAAUCUAUUUUCAAUUCUG